UCGUUACACGAUUCGCCAGCGUCCAUCCCUUCCUUUUCUAUCGUGCCGUCUACGGACUGCAACGUGUGCCGACAAAAUGGCACUGUACAAUUUCAAGAAAAUCAUGGUGGUUCCCACCGCCAAGGAUUUCAUUGACAUCACCUUAUCCAAAACUCAAAGGAAGACACCCACGGUGAUACACAAGCAUUACCAAAUCCACCGCAUCCGACAUUUUUACAUGCGCAAGGUGAAGUUCACGCAACAAAACUACCACGAUCGCCUCACGCAGAUCCUCACCGACUUCCCGAAACUUGACGACAUCCAUCCCUUUUACGCCGACCUGAUGAACGUGCUUUACGACAAAGAUCAUUACAAGCUGGCUUUGGGUCAGAUCAACAUCGCCAAGAAUUUAAUUGACAACGUGGCCAAGGACUACGUGCGCCUGAUGAAAUACGGAGAUUCUCUUUAUAGAUGCAAGCAGCUGAAGCGAGCCGCUUUGGGUCGCAUGUGUACCAUUUUGAAGCGCCAGAAGUCCAGCUUGGAGUACCUGGAGCAAGUGCGUCAACAUCUGUCCCGUCUGCCCUCCAUUGACCCAAACACCAGGACCCUACUUCUGUGCGGGUAUCCUAACGUGGGCAAGUCUAGUUUCAUCAACAAGGUGACGCGAGCAGAUGUGGACGUGCAGCCUUACGCUUUCACCACCAAGUCGCUGUUUGUGGGUCACAUGGAUUACAGAUACCUGCGCUGGCAGGUGGUGGACACCCCCGGGAUCCUGGACCACCCACUGGAAGAGCGCAACACCAUCGAAAUGCAGGCCAUCACGGCUCUGGCCCACCUACGAGCGGCCGUGCUGUACGUCAUGGACACGUCGGAGCAGUGCGGCCACACGCUGCCUCAGCAACUGGAGCUCUUCAACAACAUCCGACCGCUCUUCGCCAACAAGCCGCUCAUCGUUGUGGCCAACAAAUGUGACGUGAAGAAGAUCGCCGAGCUGUCCGAGGAGGAUCAGAAAAUGUUUGCGGACUUGGUUGCGGACGGCAUCUCCGUCAUCGAGACUAGCACGCUGACCGAGGAGGGUGUCAUCCAGGUCAAGAAUGAGGCUUGCGACCGGCUCCUGGCCCACCGUGUGGACAACAAAAUGAAGGGCAAGAAGGUUCACGACGUUCUCAACAGGCUACACCUGGCCAUUCCCACCAAGAGAGACGACAAGGAGAGACCGCCAUUCAUCCCGGAAGGAGCUUUGAUGCGCAAAAGAGCCAUGGAGGUGGAUGCUCCGAAACGCAAACUGGAGAAAGAUCUGGAGAUGGAAAUGGGCGACGACUACAUUCUGGACCUUCAGAAAUACUGGGACCUGAUGAACGAUGACGAGAAGCACGACAAGAUCCCCGAAGUGUGGGAGGGCCACAACAUUGCCGACUACAUCGACCCCGCCAUCAUGAAGAAACUGGAAGACCUGGAGAAAGAAGAGGAGCUGAAGGAACGCGCCGGCGAGUACGACUCGGACGACGAGAGCGAAGACGAGGAGAUGCAGGAGAUCCGUGCCAUGGCCCGGCAGAUCCGCGAGAAGAAGCACCUCAUGAUCUUGAAGUCCAAAGAGAAGGAUGUACACGGACCGCGAAUGCCCAGAACCUCCGCCAAGGUGGAGAGGAAGACGUUGGAGAAAGAGAUGGGCGACCUCGGUUUGGACAUGAGCGACAAAAACGAAAGUCACUACGCCCAGCAGGCCCGUCGCUCUCGCAGCAUCACCAGGAAAAGAAAGCGCGAAGCUUCGCUGGCGGCGCCGUCCGUUUCCAAGACGCGCAGCCAGAGCGCCUCCCGUCCUCCUCGAGACCAGUCCGGAUUACGAGACGCAAAGAUGGUGAAGAAGACCAAGAAGAUGAUGAAGAACUCCCAGAAAGGCAUGAACCGCCAAGGCAAGAAGGGCGAGUCGGACCGUCACGUGUUUGACCUGAAACCCAAACACCUGCUGGCGGGAAAGAGGAAAUCAGGAUCCACCAGUCGCCGUUGAAUAGGAAGUUAGAAGACUGUUUUUAGAUUCUACACGAUCAUCAGAUACUUAACCUCUUGAUGCCUGAAUUUUUUAUAGUAUACACCGAAAAACAAUGGGGGAAUACAAAAGUAAUUCAAACUGUUAAUAAUAAAUAAAUAUAUGUAGAAAGUGAAAUUGAAAAGAACAACAAAAAAUGGAAAAAUCCUAAAUUUAAAAAAAUCAUUGAUUUUCAGAGGAAAAUAUGGAAAAUUAAAUAUUUUUUAAAAUGUUUUUUUUGGGGGGAAAAAAUAAAAAUGAAAAGCAACUUAUUACUAAAAUUUCCCCCCAAAUGUUUAUUUUCAAAUAUGAAAAUUGUAUUUCUAAUUAGAUACAUUUGUAUUUUUCUUUAUUUUAGGAUUUUCUCAUUUUGAGCUGUAUUUUGCGAUUUAUUUUUCAAUAUUCGAUAUUCUUUUGUUAACCCACUGACUGUCUUUGAUGGGGAUAGACAUCCAAUCCUGUUUGCGAACGGUUGAAAUUGGACGUCUAUCGCUGUCAAUGGCAAAGGAACAGGAUCACCUAGUUGACAAGAUGAAUACCACAGUAUUUUUAUGUACUCAUGUAUUCCUCCAAUGCUUCAUACUUCAAAUGCAGGCAUCAAUGAGUUAAACAUUAUUUUUCUUUCAUUAAACGUGGAAACUCUGGUUUCUGUCUAAAAACCUGAUGUCCACGGUUGCAAGUUGCUCCUCCUACAUCACUUUGUUCAUGUAAGAUAAAUUUCACAAUGAAAAUACACAAAAUCCCACUGCAACGUUUUUUUUUUUUGGUCGACGCCCUAACUUUGUUUUGUUUUUGUUUACGUUGUUUUUCCAUAAACCUUUUAUCCAUGCAAAAUGACCAGGUUUGCGUGACAAUUUGCGUUGAAAGUGUCCUUUUGGGGAGACGAUUCCCCAGCUGUCCUAAAGAUGGCGACAGAGGACAGCAGUAGCUGCCGUUUCCCACACAUAGGAAAGUCUCCCAUGCUUCCUGUGGAAAUAACAAUGCCAUUUCUUGAACUCAACGUAUUAAUGCAACAGCAAUAGAUGUCCAAUUCUUUUAGACUGGCUGUGAGUGCUCAUCUUUCGGUGCCAUUGACUGUUUAGAGUAGACAGUCAAAAGGGAUAGACGUCCAAUCCAUUUGAAGUGGAAGGGUGGCAGUUUGUUCAUUCACUGCCAACCAGUGUUGUUAAUCUUACUUUAAUAAAGUAAUUAAUUAGUUACAAAUGACUUCUCCCAAAAAGUAAUUGAGUUAGUAAUUCAGUUACCUGAGUGUAAGAGUAAUUAGUUACUUGGCAAAGUAACUGGUGUUACCUUUCAUGUUUUUUUUUUCAUUAAAAAAACAACAACAUAGUAACCCUCGCUAUGUUUAGAAAUCAUUUAAUGUUGUGAAUCAACCGUUAAAGUUGUUAAAUUUGCUCCCGUUAUUGCAUUACAUCCCUUCUGUCUACUUUUGUUAAGUUUUAAACUGUUUCAUCAUUUAAUGAUGCAUUCAAGUCAAGAUUUUGCCGAUUUAGGAGUAUUUCUGACUAAAAGUUACUUACUGUAAUUUUCGGACUAUAAGGCGCUACUUUUUUCCCUUCAUUUUAAAUCCUGCGGCUUAUAGUCCAGUGCGGCUUAUUUGUUUAUUUCGAUUAAUUUGUAACAGUUUAUUUGACAGCACCGUCAUGAGACUAUCAUAAUUAUGACAUGACACUAUCAUGGGCAUUACUGAAUGCUUAUGGCAGAUGUCAUUAAGUGUCAUCCGGCAAAUUAUGUCACUAACUCCAUUUAUGUCCAGCUCUUUUGCAUCCAUUCAAAAGUGAGCUAAUUUGCCGGAUAACACUAAAUGACAUCUGUUAUAAGCAUUCAUUAAUGCUCAUGACAGUGCCAUGACAUAAUUGUCAUUGUCUAAUGACAGUCUUAUGGCACCACAGUCAAACAAAAGUGUUACCAAGUACCAUAACUAGCAAUUAAACAACAGGAACAGUAGCUGAAGAAAUAAUUGGCACAGAACAUGAAUUUUGAUUGUUAUUUACAUCUGUAGCGCUGCAUUGCAUGCUAGGAGGCAUGUUGGGCAAAGACCGUGUUGGCAGCAGAGGUUGAGUGUCUCCCCCAAGGGAGCAGGGAUGGCCAAAUGAAGCUUUGCAGCCAAUUGGUUCAAAGCUUCAUGGUGGUUCAUUUGGUCUUAUGACAGUCGUAUGAUGCCACUGUCAAAUAACGUGUUACCAGUUAAUAUCUUUUGGUGUAAAUAUCCCAUAAUACAGUGAGAACCACUGCGGCUUAUAGUCCAGUGCGGCUUAUCUAUGAACAAAUGUUUUCGUUCAAAAUUUGGUGGGUGGCGGCUUAUAGUCAGGUGAGCCUUAUAGUGCGAAAAUUACGGUAGGUCCGCUAGGAAGGUUCUCUACAACCGAGCCUCCCUGACCUUCCUGAGAAGUCCACUGCUUAAAGAUGGCGGCUGUUUACUAACGCGAGCAUCAUUUCGCAUCUAGUUCUCUAUACAUGUGCUAAGGCUGCCGUGUCUGUCAUUUCGCAUCUAGUUCUAUAUCUGAUAUCUACCGUAGCAUCAUGUGGGCGUAGUUUGUAGGCUAUCUGCUACUGUCAGGUAUUAUUGGAGCCACCUUGCAUUACGGGGCCGUUUACAUGGUGACUCUCCGAGAAUACGAAAAAAUUCAAAUUUGCAUUUGCGUCUCCAUUUGAACAAUAUCGCAAUUCGGCAUGAAAACGAUGUAGUAUUCAUGCCAGGCCCUAGGGGGCAGUGCAGAUUUACAGGGCGACAGAGAAUGAUGCACUUUGACCCCACCAAGCUCCCUCAGCCCAGAAAAAAAUAUGCCCGCCCACUUGAAGCUAUGUCAUUUUUCUUUUGUUCAAAAAGGCACAAAAAUUGAAACGUUCAACAUAUUCAAUUUGAAAAUAUUAUUAAAGCCGACAUUCCGCCAUAUUUGCUGUUUUUAAUGUUUAGUAGCACCGGCGCGCGCGCCCAAUGUCACUUGUACGAGUGCUGACGUUAACGGCGCGGUCUCGCGUCGCAGGAGCCUUUGAUAUGCAUUCCAAGGAAGCCCCUUUCAACCCCCCGCAAUCGGAUUCUUCCACUUUGGAGGCAGGAAUCAGAAUUUUUCGUCUUCGCCGACACCAUAUGCACGCGAGGCGAGUCCGCCACUCAAUCAUUGCGUCUUUGUGUCGCAGAGUCGCCAUGUAAACUGCCCCUACGUUUGCAACGGCGUCACAACUCCCUUCCCUCCUCCCCACUCCUGUUCUGCUCACUCGUCUCCGUGAGUCUGUCACUUUUGUCGCGUCAUUCAACCAACAUAGUAACGCAUUUUAACUAGAGGUAGGUAUCUUCGGGCACCUAAUGAUUUGAUUACGAUUCGGAGGCUACGAUUCGAUUAUAAAUCGAUUAUUGAUGACACCCCCCACCCCGCUAUUAGCUGCUUUUAAUGUUUUGUACAUUAGUUACAAAAACUGUUUAAAAAAAAAAAAAAAAGGCUUAAAUAAACGACUAUUU